AGGGAGCUAAGAAUCAAUACCGAAGCAAAUACGGGUUCAAGCUGGCAUGGAGUGCUCUCUCAUAUGCAUAUAGUAUUUAGUUGCAUAUAUAUGCACCUACCCAGACAAGACUUGAUCCUCUACAUCAUAUCCUGAUUAUGGACUAAGUCCUGAUUGCCACAAGCUUUACAAAUAAUACCCUCAUUCCUAGGUUAGACGGUUAUAUUCUUGGAACUUUACGAGAGUAAGAUCAAAUAAAUACCCUCUCGAUGGCGUCUCACCUCAUCCGCUUCACUCAAAUUGCCCGUCCGUACGCAUACGGGCGCACCCAUCGCCUUCAAAUGGCAGCGCUUCUUCCUUUGCGACACCAACGUCAAGCAUCCAACAACUCUAAUCCCUUCCAAUCCAUGCCUUCACCACCCCGCCUCCCACCCGAACAGCAGGCCGAAUUUGAGCGGCUGCAACGCACUGCUAACACCCAAGAAGGUUUCAACCCGACUUCGUCCCCGGACUUCAGCUCUCCCCUCGCCCCCGCCUCCUCUGCCGCAGCUUCUUCCUCCUCGGCUGUGGGUCAGAGCGCACCGGCCGUCGAAGACGACUUCGCGUCUGGGCCUCUUCGGAAGGGUGCGCCGCCUGAAUUUGAAGGCGACGUCAACCCUAAGACGGGAGAGGUCGGCGGGCCCAAGAACGAGCCUCUACGCUGGGGACCUUCUGGUGAUUACAGUUUCAAUGGCCGGGUUACAGACUUCUAACGCCUGGCAUUGAUAACACAAUACACACGGGUUCGGCCUCUGGGAGAAGUCAUCAAAGCAAGAUAACCCGACUCGUAAGAAUCAGGUUUAGUACGACCUCUCUAUCGACUACCUAAAGUUAACCUAUACAGGUGAACGAGGACGGGUCAGGCUAGGUACCUAACCUAAUAUUUACCUCCUUCGCUCCUCCGCUCGCAGUUGGUCAGCCGCCACCCAAUUUACGCAUCAUUCACUUCGAUCAUGGCUAAGCUAAGAAAUUCGAUACUAGAGAAUGUCCGAAACUAUAUGAUAGUCUAGACUGUUCGAUUGGCAAGAGAUUGUAGAAUUAUAUAGACGGGAUUCGCUGUGGA